AACAAAAAAAAUUGAAAAAAAUAAGAAAAAUUUAUAAAAACAAUUUAGACAUUUUCUUGUUUUAAAUUAAAUUUAUUUUAAAUGGUCUAUUCAUCACCGCCACUACCAUUUCUGUUGAAUUUCUUCAUAUGACUUAUAUAGCUUGCUUGCUUACCACGUUAUGAGUCCUACUGGCAGUUUCUGCGGUUUGAAGCCAUUACUUUUUUGUCAUCGUAAACUUUCCAGAUUCGAGAUAGUGAAAAACGCUCACCUACCUAAGAGUCAGAAUAAGAAGGAAAUGAAAGGACCGAAGAUGGAACGUUCUCGCCGGUGCACCGGAAACUUUAUCCUGAUGAUGGAACUCAGGAGGAAGAUCUAUACUUUCAGGGACAUCAUGGACCUGCUACCAUGUGAUGGCACUGAAAGCAUAAAUGAAUUAGUGGCGAGAACCAUUAAAGACCUGUACAAGUUUCAACCUGAAAUCAUAACAAGAAGCCAAUUGUCAGAACUUAAGGAGGCAUCACUUGACAAGGUUCUGCUCUACUUCUGUGAAGCUCUGAGAACUACCGGAGAUUUGUGGACCAAGAAUCAGGAUUGGAUGGACAAAGUUACAUUUGACAUGUUUCACACUAAUGAGAAAUUCAUUUCAGAAAAACUUGUUGAAAAGGCAUUGGCAUCACUAAAUUGCAUAAUCAAAGUAGCAAAGGAAAAAUAUGAUUUGAUGGAUGAAGACGAAGACGAAGACGACCAUAUUAAAAACAGUCAACCAGAUUCCGCAUUCGGAAAAAUGAUAACGGAUAAUUAUUCGGGGAGCUAUAGCCCAUCAUUUUGUGGUUCUCCUGUGACUCCAACUUCUGUUCUUCCUCAGUUUAUGGCUUCUCCUUGUUCUGAUGAAUAUUCUAACAGUUCUUGCUCAUCGCCGCUUCUUCGGUCAUUGAGAGUUCAAGCUGUCGGAAAACUGAACCCGAUUGAUUUAAAACGCCUCGCGUUUCACAUGCCUCCGAAUUUCGGUGUGCAUGAUAGCAUUGCUGUGAAUCUGAAGAGCAAUGUGGAUGAAGAUACAGUGACAGAAUCGGAAAAAGAUUGCAAAUGCUCGAACCAGAGCAACUCUGAUGAUGAGAUGAUGUUCGAAAUGGAAGCGAACAGUAAUUCUGAUGUAGUAAAAGCUGUAAAUCUUGAUGAUGCAACUGAGAAAUUAGCUGCAAAUAGUGAAGUCACAGAGGUUCUAAUGCCGCCGCCUAUUUUAUUGUCAACUCAAAUACCGCCACCGCCGCCUAUUCCUCCACCAUUGCCACCCACAUUGCAAGUCAAAGUGGUAACAUCACUGCCCCCAUCUGAACCACUGCCAACACCUAUGCUGCUAUUAAAUGUAGCAGCUCCGCCUCCUCCUCCACCACCACCACCACCACCUGUGCUGCAAUCAAAUGUAGCAGCUCCUCCUCCACCACCACCUCCGCCACCACCUGCUCUGCAACCAACUAUAGUAGCUCAGCUACCACCAUCCCCGCCUCUGCCACCUUUACCCCCACCCCCACCACCUGCUCUACAACCAACUACCGUAGCUCACCUACCACCAUCCCCACCAUUUCCACCUCCGCCUCCGCCUCCACCACCUCCAAUGCUGCAGUCCAAUAUAGCAGCAUCAGGUGCUCAGUUGCCACUACCAUCUCUGCAACAAACACCACCACCACCACCUCCACCGCCUAUGCCUCAGCUCAACAAUAUAUCAGCAGUGGCAUUGCCGCCGCCUCCACCACCACCUCCACCUAUGACAUCUGCUACAGCUACAUUGCCACGGCCACCACCUCCGCCACUUAAGACAUCAGGAACUACAGCACCACCUCCACCACCACCUCCCGGAAUGUCAGCAAAAGGAUCCAUGCCAUUGCCACCACCACCCCCUAUGCCACUAGGAAAUGGAGCCGCUCCACCACCUCCUCCACCGGGUGCAGCAAGAUCCUUACGCCCCAAGAAAGCUCAGACUAAACUGAGAAGAUCAAGCCAAAUGGGAAAUUUGUACAGGGUGCUCAAGGGUAAGUUAGAAGGUGGAAACCCUAACGCUAAAUCGGCGAAUGGACGAAAAGCUUCAGCUCCAAGUAAUGGCUCAGGAAAGCAAGGAAUGGCUGAUGCUCUGGCAGAGAUGACAAAGAGAUCAUCGUACUUCCUGCAAAUCGAAGAAGAUGUUCAAAAGUAUUCAAAGUCGAUUACCGAGUUGAAAACCAGCAUCAGUACUUUCAAAACUAAGGACAUGACCGAGCUGAUCAAGUUCCACCAGCAUGUUGAAUCCAUUCUUGCACAUUUGAGUGAUGAAACUCAGGUUCUCGCAAGGUUCGAAGGUUUUCCGCAGAAAAAGCUGGAAGCAAUGAGGACUGCAGCAGCAUUAUUCUCAAAGUUGAAUGGCAUCCUUUCUGAACUACAGAAUUGGAAAAUAGUCACUCCCUUAGGCCAACUUCUCGACAAAAAUGAACGUUACUUUACUAAGAUCAAAGGAGAAUUGGAGACCAUGGAGAGAACUAAAGAUGAGGAAUCAAAGAAAUUUCAAAGUCACAACAUUGAAUUUGACUUCCAUAUUCUUGUGCAAAUCAAGGAAUCAAUGGUGGAUGUUUCUUCUAACAGCAUGGAACUAGCACUCAAGGAAAGCAGAGAAUCAAAAGCAACAGAAAGUAAAAAAGUGAAUGCUAAAAUGCUUUGGAGGGCUUUUCAAUUUGCAUUCAAAGUUUAUACAUUUGCCGGCGGACAUGAUGAUCGUGCCGACAAGCUGACCAGGGAGUUGGCUCAAGCAAUAGAGACUGAUCCUCAUCACCAUUAAUUAUUUUUAACUAAAGAAAUUAGGAAUGAAAAAAAUGAAAAAAAAAUAUAUAAUAUAUGUAAGAUAUUACCUACAACAUCAGUAUGAUAUGACAAAAAAAAUUCUAGUGAAUUGAUUGUCAUGAAUGAUAAAUAGGAUCUAUUUUUAUUUUAACUAUGAGGAACUAGGAUUUAGCAUUACAUGCUGAGUGUUCUACAUUUAAAAAAUAAAAAAAGUAGCUUUGAA